AUUUUUAAAAAGCGCGGGGCAAGCUAGAGAACCGAGCUGGUACGGUGGUGGUAGUCCCGAAGCGGGACUGUGGCGGGUCCCGAUGGACAACACCGCCUGCUUGAAGUCCUUGCUUCUGACCAUUAGUCAGUAUAAAGCAGUUAAGUCGGAAGCGAACGCCACCCAGCUUUUGCGGCACUUGGAGGUAAUUUCUGGACAGAAGCUCACCCGAUUGUUUACAUCAAAUCAGAUACUACCAAGUGAAUGCUUAAGUUGCCUUGUAGAGCUACUUGAAGACCCAAACAUAAAUGCUUCACUGAUCUUAAGUAUCAUCAGUUUGCUAUCUCAACUAGCUGUAGACAAUGAAACCAGAGACUGUCUUCAGAAUACGUACAGCCUGAAUAGUGUGCUGGCCGGAGUGGUUUGUCGGAGCAGUACUUGCCACAAUGAUUCAGUGUUUUUGCAGUGCAUUCAGCUUCUGCAGAGGUUAACAUAUAACGUCAAAAUUUUGCAUUGUGGUGCCAAUAUAGAUGAAUUAAUUACAUUCCUGAUUGAUCGUAUUCAGUCUUCUGAAGAUGAGCUGACAAUGCCUUGUCUAGGAUUAUUGGCAAAUCUUUGUCGGCACACUCUUUCUGUUCAAACGCACAUAAAGACUUUGAAUAAUGUGAAAUCUUUUUAUCGAGCUCUUAUAAGCUUCCUGGCCCAUAGUAGUUUAACUGUGGUUGUGUUUGCACUUUCAAUAUUAUCCAGUUUGACAUUAAACGAAGAGGUUGGGGAAAAGCUGUUCCAUGCUCGAAACAUUCAUCAGACUUUUCAACUAAUAUUUAAUAUUCUCAUAAAUGGUGAUGGCACACUAACUAGGAAGUAUUCAGUUGAUCUACUGAUGGAUCUUCUUAAGAAUCCUAAAAUUGCUGAUUAUCUUAUCAGGUAUGAACACUUUUCUUCAUGUCUUAAUCAAGUAUUAGGUCUUCUUAAUGGAAAGGAUCCUGAUUCUUCUUCAAAGGUUUUAGAAUUACUUCUUGCGUUCUGUUCAGUGACUCAGCUGCGCCACGUGCUUACGCAGAUGAUAUUUGAACAACCUCCAUCUGGCAGCACCAUUCUGGGAAGCCGUUCUAAGUGUUUAGAACCUCCUGUAGCUCUACUUCGUUGGUCAAGCCAACCUUUGGAUGGAUCAGAAAACUGUUCUAUUUUAGCACUGGAGUUGUUCAAGGAAAUAUUUGAGGAUGUCAUAGAUACUGCUAACUGCUCCUCAGCUGACCGUUUUGUGACCCUUCUGCUGCCUACAUUCCUUGAUCAGCUUCAGUUCACAGAGCAAAAUCUAGAUGAGGCCUUAAUAAGGAAAAAAUGUGAAAGGAUGGUCAAGGCCAUUGAAGUUUUGUUAACUCUGUGUGGAGAGGAUGCUCUAAAAAUGCAUAUUGCAAAAAUUCUGACGACUAUCAAAUGUACCACUCUGAUAGAGCAACAAUUUACAUAUGGCAAGAUUGAUCUGGGGUUUGGAACAAAGGUAGCAGAUUCUGAAUUGUGCAAACUUGCUGCUGAUGUAAUUUUGAAAACUCUUGAUUUGAUGAACAAACUUAAACAGUUGGUUCCUGGUAUGGAAGUAAGCUUCUAUAAAAUCCUUCAGGAUCCUCGCCUGAUUACUCCCUUGGCUUUUGCUUUAACAUCAGACAGUAGAGAACAAGUACAGUCUGGAUUGGGAAUAUUAUUGGAAGCUGCUCCACUGCCAGAUUUUCCUGCAUUAGUACUUGGAGAAAGUAUAGCAGCAAACAACACCUAUAGACAACAGGAAACAGAACAUAUGCCCAGAAGAAUGCCUUUGCAAUCAUUAAAUCACAGUUUUCCAACAUCAGUAAAAUGUUUAACUCCUCCACUUUUGAAAGAUAGAGUUCCUGGAUUGAACAUUGAGGAAUUAAUAGAGAAGCUUCAGUCUGGAGUUGUGGUAAAGGAUCAGAUUAAUGAUGUGAGACUAUCUGACAUAAUGGAUGUAUAUGAAAUGAAACUAUCCACAUUAGCUUCCAAAGAAAGCAGGCUACAAGAUCUCUUGGAAGCAAAAGCUCUGGCCCUUGCACAAGCUGAUAGACUGAUUGCUCAAUAUCGCUGUCAAAGAACUCAAGCUGAGACAGAAGCACGGACACUUGCUAAUAUGUUGAGAGAAGUUGAGAGAAAAAAUGAAGAGCUUAGUAUGUUGCUGAAGUCACAGCAGGUUGAAUCAGAAAGAGCCCAGAGUGAUAUUGAGCAUCUCUUUCAACAUAAUAGGAAGUUGGAGUCUGUGGCUGAAGAACACGAAGUACUGACAAAAUCCUACAUGGAACUUCUUCAGAGGAAUGAAACUGCUGAGAAGAAGAACAAAGAUUUACAGGUCACGUGUGAUUCUCUAAAUAAACAAAUUGAGAGUGUGAAAAAGUUGAAUGAGUCACUCAAGCAACAAAAUGAAAAAACUAUUGCCCAUCUAAUAGAGAAAGAAGAACAGAGAAAAGAAGUACAGAACCAACUGGUAGACAGAGAAUGUAAGCUAGCAAACCUGGCACAAAAAAUUAAAGUACAAGAAGAAAAGAUUGAAGCCUUACAAAGAGAAACGGAAGAUAAAGAAGAAGCCAUUGGUGUCCUUAGAAAAGAAUUAAAUAGAACAGAUCAAAUAAGAAAAGAAUUGAGCAUUAAGGCUUCCUCCCUAGAAGUUCAGAAGGCUCAGUUAGAAGGUCGUUUGGAAGAGAAAGAGUCCCUGGUGAAACUUCAGCAAGAGGAGUUGAACAAACACUCUCAUAUGAUAGCAAUGAUCCACAGUUUAAGUGGUGGGAAAAUAAAUCCAGAAACUGUGAAUCUCAGUAUAUAGAUAUGUAUUUAUCUACUGGGAAGGUGGGGUAGGGAAGGUAAUUUGUGACUCUAAAACAAGAGCAAAUUAUUAUCUAAUUAUUAAUUUAGUAAAGAACCUGAUCUGAUACAUGUUUUUAUUUGGUCUUAAAGUUUUACUUCUUGUUUCUGGAUUUUAUUGCUUAAAGCUUUCUUUGGUUUUUACUUCAGAAUAUUCUUCUUAGCCUCCAUUAUUGUUUUUUCUAAGUGUUUUCUUUUUCCUUAGUCGCUUUCCACUCUCUUCUGCUUGUUUAAUUUAUUCUCAUUUGUGAUUAGAUUUUUAAAAUCAGAUGUCAGUGAAUUUAUUUUUCCUUCUACUUUUAUUGAGAUAUGAUUGACACACAGUACUGUAUGAGUUUAAGGUAUACAACAUAAUAAUUUGACUUACAUACAUUAUGGAGUGGUGACCACAGUAGGUUUAGUGAACAUCCAUAAUCUCAUAGAAACAACAUCAAAGAAAUAGAAAAAAAGGUUUUUUCCCUUGUGAUGAGAACUCUUAGGAUUUAUUCCCUUAACAACUUUCACAUAUGAGGUAAAGAAAGUGUUAAUUAUCUUUAUCAUGUUGUACAUCUCUAGUACUUUGUCUUAUAACUGGAAAUGUGUACCUUUUGAUCACUUUCAUCUGAUUCCCCCUUCAUCCCCACUCAGUGAAUCUAAAAUAACUUUAUUACUGCAUUGAAAAUGUAGUAAGAUACAUGGUAUAAGUUCUAAAUUUUUUAAACAUGCAGUGAAUAUUUGCAGAAAUAAUGUAUAAAAGUUAGAAAAUAGCUGAUAUAUUGUGACUGUAUUGUUUGUCACAUAAAAAACUGUAGUAACUUACAGAAUUAUCAAUAUUUAUGAAUUUCUUACGAUUACAUACAGAUAACUUGGAUUCUACCUUUGCCACAUAUUCAGAAAUUUAUUAUUUGUUAAUUCUGAUGUGAAUUUCAUUUGAUAUAUUGCCUUUCAUUUACAUAGUUUUUAAUUAGGCUGUUUAAUUUUAAAGCAUGACUUAAAUGUCCUUAUUUAUGUAUCUCUUUAAUACAAGGGAGGGCUUCCCUGGUGGCGCAGUGGUUGAGAGUCCGCCUUCCGAUGCAAGGGACACGGGUUUGUGCCCCAGUCCGGGAGGAUCCCACAUGCCGCGGAGCGGCUGGGCCCUUGAGCCAUGGCUGCUGAGCCUGUGCAUCUGGAGCCUGUGCUCCGCAACGGGAGAGGCCACAGCAGUGAGAGGUCUGCGUACCGCAAAAAAAAAAAAAAAAAAAAAACAAGGGAAUUUUUCAGUUCUCUUCAUCUGAAUCAAAUGUUCUAAGUAGUAUUUACAAAGAGUUUUUAUAUUAAAAAUUUUGGUUGAUUUUAUUGCUAUGCUAUUACAACCAUUGAUUUUACUUGGUAUUUUCUUCACUGUUUGUAUCUGUUUGACUUAGGUAACUUAGAUUUACUUCUGUUUUUCAACCAUAGUAUAUCUGAAUUUAUAUUUAGAAAAUACAUUUUUAUAAUUCACUAUUUACAUUAAAUAAUAUCAAACUAAUAGUUCUGUAUAUUUGUAUACAUUUUGUACAGUUACGCAAAUUUUUUAAAAAGCAUUGUGUAACACAUUUUAAAUUGCUACUCUUUUCAUAAGGGGUACAUUCUGUUUCUUUUUGAAACUGCAUGCAUUUUCAAUUUAAUAUGAAAAAAAUGUUGAAAUGGAGAUAUAUGACUGAAGAGCAAAAGGCCCUUUAAGAUAAAAACCAAAAAAUUCUAUAAAAUAAAUACAUAAAUGAACCAAAGAGUUCUAGGGAAAAAUCAAGCUAAUUUUACAGUUUAGACAUCUCAAGACACUGAGCCUAGCCAAGGGCUGCCCAGUUGAACUUUUUGUGGUGAUGGAAAUGUUCUGUAUCUAUGCUGUCCAGUACCAUAGCCUUUAGCCACGUGUGGCUGCUGAGCACUUUAAAUGUGUCUAGUGCAGUGGAAUAAUUGAAUUUUUAAUUUUAUUUAAUUUUAACUGUAAUUGCCAUCCUACUGGACAGUGCAGAUCUAGCCAUUCUUGCAAGUAUGCAUUUGUUUAAGCCACUCAGUUUGCCUAUUGUUAAAGACCUAUAUAGGCAGAGACUCCAUAUGUUUUUCAGCCUUUCUUUAAUACAGUAGUUUUAACCUGUUAAUCUCUUCUCCCUGAAGAAGAAAAGCCAUAUUUCAGUUUUAAAGGUGAGUACUAAUUGUCAUCUGUCUUCACUUCUCUUUUUUCAUAGUCUUUCUGUCUCUCGUAGCAUCUUUCAUAUUGUUCCUGUUGUGUUGUUUUUCUUAACCUUAGUAUGUUGGCUACCUUUUUUUUUUUUUUGGUUUUUGGUUCUGUGUACCUCAGAUCAGAAAAACAAGUGUGCAUGUGUAAAUGUGUGUAUUUUUUCUUCUUUUGUAAAAAAUUUUAUUUUAAGCAAGUUUGAGUCACUACCAUUGUCAGAGUUUUACAAAUGAUUUCUGUGUGUGUAUUCCCAUUUCUUAAUGGGGAAUACAAAACUAAGUAAACACAUCAUUAUAUUAGAAUUGUUCAUAUUCUCUAAGAAUUUUGCUAUAAAGAGUUUGAAUCCAAGUGUACAUUAACACACUUCCUUAUACUGUUUACACUUGCUACUUGAACAAAUAGAGUUUCCAUGGCUGAUUGGAGUUAUACUAAACUGUCAUCUAUUUAAUGUCAGGGCAGAAAAAAAAUGCUCAUUAAAAGUUUAAUGCUGUGUUUUGGGAGAAAAUUGUCAGAGUAGUGCCCUUUUAGUUUUCUUUAUUAUAUGUUGCAAAAACUAGUUAUUUAUGUUAAGGAUGUAGUGAGGUUCUAUCCUGAGUUAGGACUGUUAGUUAAAUGAAAAUGUAACUGAAUUUCAACUUCUACUUGAGGCUCAUUCUUAUAUGUUUUAGGUACCUCUAAUCAAGGUAUAGUCACUGAAAUACAUAACCCUAUUUUACUUAGAUUUUUUUUCUUUUCCUCUUUUCAAAUAGUUAUGAAUUGUAUUUACUACUUUGCUUUUGACUUGCCUACUGUUGGAUAAAACACAUGUCCUGUGUGUGACUUAAUUCCUUUGCAGAAAUCAGCAUACAUUUUCUGUAAAGGGCCAGGUAGUAAAUAUUUUAGGUUUCGUGAGACAUACGGUCUCUCUUACAAAUACUUAACUCUGCAAUUGUAGCAUGAAAGUAGCCGUCCACAGUACGUAAAUAAAUGGGCAUUGCUGUGUUCUGAUAAAAUUUUAUUUACAAAAGCAGUUGAAACUUUGCUAUUAAAUGUUAUAUCUUACUGAUUAAUUUGACCCUUUUAUCAUUAAGAAAUGUAUCACUUUAUCUUUGGCAAUCCUUGUCUUCACAUCUAUUUUAUUUGAUAUUAAUAUAGCCUUUUUAUGUUUUCUGUUGGCCUGGUAUAUCUUUUUUUUUUUAUCAACUUUUAACCUGUGUCUUAUAAAAUGCAUGACUUGUAGACA